AGCAUCAUUUUGCCAACAGUACGGCGGGAGUUUCCAGUGGUAUAUAUAUAUAAUAUUACUCUAUCAGGUCCACUGAGCAAAGGAAACAGUGGCAAAGCAAAGCGAAAGGCUAGAAGUUGCGCACCAAGUGAUAUUCAUAUCUAUUUGGAUACUGUGAUUCACUCCCUACUUCAUCUAUACAGUGUCCUGCUCGCUUUUUGGGCGCCUGUACACUUACAGCCCUCAUAAAAGUCCGAGAUAUUCAAUAUCGCUCCCAGCUAUUUCACUAUUUUGGUAUACGCACCUUUGGAUAUAGCCAAGACUACAAAAUGAACGCACCAGACCGGUAGGUGGAACGUUCUUCUUACAUCUACGCAGUCUAUCUUGUAGCAUGCUUUAUUCCCACUUGGUUUCCGCGCCCCUUCCUCUCCUCCCCCACCUUUUGGCUUGUUCUAGGUUCGGGAGCUGUUCGCUGGUGGGAAUGGUGUGACUGAUGUCUCAAUGCGGACGGUGCCAUUAACCGGGCACAUGCUCUUGCCUUCCCCCCUCCAUUCACUGCCCCAGAGUGCCGAACUAUGUUAUGGACUCUACUCCUGUCCCUCUUCCUCUCCCUCAGUUCAUUUCAAUGUUUAUGCCCCUUGUCCAGAUCUCUCAUUGAAUGGAUUGACCUCGUACUUUGCGUUGUCUUCACCCCCUAGCAUUCCUGUCAUAUUGUGAAUCUUUCUCGAACACAACGAUUUUAAGAAUGGAAUCCAUCAUGCCUGCAGAAAUGGUGUAUGCGCGCCUGAAGAAUGGCAGUGGUGGAUCUCGCGUUCGCUGCCAGUCUACCGUCAACGUUUCUCAUGACCAGCAGCCGAGGUCCGCUUCGGGUUUUCUUUGAAGAUUCUACUUGCCUUCAUUUGUGAAGCUUCUAAUACAUUCGGUC